AUGAUGCUUGACGUUACCACACAAGGCACUUCUAUUUACAAGUCUUCCAAACUUGGUGUGACUCAUUCCAUACGACACAAGCUAAACUUUCUCGAUGAUAGACUAUGGAAACGGUUUAGUGCUCGAAGACUAGAGUUGAUAGACACAAUGGAUCUAAGCUCUCGAAAAGCAAGCGAACAGGAAUUGGAAAUUAGAAAAGUGGCUGAAACAUUGCGAAUAGAGUUUCAGUAUGACGAGCUGUACACGGAUGAUUUUGACAAGUUGGUACGAGCUGCAGUUCAAUCCGUUAGAAGAAAUAGGAAACGUAAUCUCAAGCGAGAGAGAGAAGGAAACGACCAUACCAAGAAACAGAAGCGAAACAGUACCUCUUCGAAUGAUGGAAGUGAUCGGUUUUUGUCAGAAAUAGUGCAGCACGAGGAUGAGGUGUAUGAUGUCAACUACAAUAGGACCAAAAAGUUUUCCUCUCACGACCAUGCGGUGGAUAUGAUCGAGCACAUGACAAAACCUAGACUACCUCCUUUGUCCAAUUUCACUUCACAAGAGAUUAACCUGCCGCUGGCGGAGGUUGCGAAAAAGACCAUUAUAAACAAAAUUGAAAGAUCGAAAACAUGCAAUGAAAGUACCAACGACUUAAGGUCGAGCAACUUACAGUUCCUCGGUAGGUCGGUAAUUAUGAGUUGCAUUGGGUACAUUUGCGAGAAAUCUUUUACUCAUGUCAACCAUCAAUCAUUGGACUAUUUGAGAGACAAAUUAUGCCAAGACACUUAUCUAGCCAAGUUCUUCCGCGAAUUGGAUCCACUAACGACUCAUACAAUCAACGAUGAGGUUGCAGUCAUUUCGUUGUACACAUUGUUGGGUGGGUUGGUCAAAGAUUUUGGUUUUGAUGAGAUAAUCAACCCAGUGGGAGAAGUCCUUUACGUUUCUGUUGUUAAAGAGUACCCAUUGAUCAGCAGAAACUCUGUACCAUUUGCUUCAUCUCAAGAUGACACAUUAUCUUUGAAUAAGCUAGCGGAGGUGGCGUCAACAAUACAAAAUGAGAAUUCACGGGUUGAACACGUAAAACUGAGAUCUCAGUCGCCUAUAUUUAUCAAAGAAUGCUCCAUUUCCGCUGACAGAAGGGCAAGUGCUGGGCCUAAGAAGCGCAUCAUUUUGAAAUUCUUGAAUCAAUCGUUGGAAUUCUUUUACCCAUCAGGCUUGUCGGCAACACCACGAUUUUGCGAGCUCUUGGAAAAUGCCAAAAGUGCAUUCAAUAUUACCAAUUCUAUAUUAGAGUUUCGUUAUGAAGAUAAGGUAAUACAAACUGACCAAGAGUUGGAAAAGGUUUUCCGAAAUGCCAAUCCCGUCAUUGAGCUCGAGAUUUCAACACAGACAACCAUUCCUAUUCAGCAUUUUGCAGCUUUGCAUAGUGCACAACAAGCUCCAUAUACACCAGGAUUGAAUGGCGAUAUCCAGCCGAAAAUCAUUUUACCACCACCAUUACAUACAACUACAAAUGAAACGUAUCAAUUCAAACCGGACGAGACAUAUCCUAGACCUCAACCCAUGUUGCCAAAAUUUCAGCCACUAUUGUGA